AUGGCUAAUGAAACUAAAAUGAUAAUUAUAACGUCGAAUGAAGACUUGAUUCGUCAAUUUUCUUUAAAUAAAACUAAUAAUACACUUAUUAUUGAUUUGGAUAAUAAGCAGAAAAUGGUCUCAAAAAGAAAGAAUAAUAAUAAUAAUAAUAAUAUUAUUGAUUUGGCUUUACUUGCUGAAUUAUCUGAACUCAAUUCAACUAGCGAUCAAGUAUAUAAACGAGUACUUGAUUCACCGGAUCAAAACCGAUCAAAACCGGUUAAAAUAUCCAAAAAAUCAAUGGAUUUGAUUUGUACUAUUUGUGGAGAUCGUGCCAUUGGAUUUAAUUAUGAUGCUCUUUCCUGUGCUUCAUGUAAAGCUUUUUUUCGUCGCAAUGCUCAUCAGUCACGGGAAAAAUUACGGUGUUUGACAGGUCAAGACCAAUGCUCAGUUACAUAUGAAAUGCGUCGUAAAUGCCAAAGAUGCCGAUUAGAUCGAUGUUUUGCCAUGGGUAUGAGAAAAGAUUUUAUACUUAGUGAACAAGAAAAACAACGAAGAAGAAAACGUCUUGAAGAAAAUCGAAGUAUAUCAUCAAAACCUUUAUUAAUAUCAGAAUUGUCAAAUUCAUUAUCUUUAACAAAUUUAUCACCGAAGUCAGAAUCUUUUUCAGAAACAUUUGAUGAAAUUGAUCGUUUAUUGAUGGAUCUGGAUAAUGAUGAUGACGAUCAUAAUGUUACUUCUGAUGAAAAUAUGAAAUCAAAUGAGAUAGAACAAGCACCAUCGACGAUGUUUUCUCUUCAAGAUAGAAUAACGAUACAAAAUAUUGGAUCAUCAUUUACAUCUUCGUUUCAAACCGAGGAUAUCCAGUGUUCUUCUUUCGAUGUAUCAGAUAGGGCUUCUGCUCUUAUAUCUUGGUCACGAGUGGCCAAUGAAAUUGCCCUACGAUUUAUUAGCUUUUUCCGUCAGAUCGAUGAAUUCGAAAGUUUACAUGCUGAUGAUCGUUUUAUUCUAAUUAAAUAUAAUCUUCUUCCUCUUUUCCCGAUAGUCAGAUGUUACAAAUACAAACCAAUAAAUGGGCCUUGCUGUGAUGAAGAGAACGAAAAAAACGAAAAACGCUGUCGCUUUUUUAUGUUAUGUGAUGAAUCGAAUGUUGUUCGUGAUAUGUUCGUAAAUUUAGUACUUUCACUUGUUGAAAUAACAGAACAAGAUCCAACAUUGUUAUCACUUAUUUUAUCAAUUCUUAUUUUUUCGCAAGGUUUAUCCAUGAAUGAAUAUGAACCACCAUUAAAAGAUUCUAUAGGUGUAAAUCGAGCUCAAUUUUAUUAUACAAAAUUAUUGUGGCAUUAUUGGCUUGACAAAUACGGUGAAAUCGAAACUCAGAAACGCUUUACUCAAUUACUCAAAAUAAUCUUACGAAUUCAGUCAGCAGCCAAAAAAUCUAGAGAAUUUUUUCGUUUUCAAUUUAUGACAUCAAAUACUGUCGAUAAAGUUGCACCGCUGAUGCAAAGUGUUUUGCAUAUUUCUUAA